GGCAAGCCGAAGUCCAGUAGGCAGUAGGAUAGUACGAUGUUUAAGCUCUCGGAGCUGGUGCGCUGGCUGGGGCUGACGGAGUUCGAGAUCCUGGUCAACCUGUGCGGCCUGCUGGUCUUCACCAUCACGCUGGCCGUCAAGCUGCACCUGCAGGCCAGGGCCGGACCCGGAGGCAUGCUGCCAGAGCCCAUGGGCGACUGGUUCACCGUCUUCAGCCCGCUGUUCUUCAUCGACAUCUGCAACGCGUACUUCUGCGUCAUCGUGGGCAUACGCAUGUACCUGGACUCCAACAACAAGCGAAAGGCCCUGCACCGCUUCAUGUGGAGCACCUACUUCCUGGUGCUGAUAGCCAUCUUCAAGUACCUGCUCUGCCUGAAGCUCUCCAGCAAGACGGGCCUCGAGUACUCGGAGGUCUUCUCCCCGAUCUUCGUCCUGUUGCAGCUCGUGGCGGUGCGAGCCUGCCAGUUGCCCAACUCCAUCUGAACUGUAGACAUAUUAUAUAUUCAUAGCUCUAGUAUGAUACGAUACAUAUAUUAUUUCUGAUCUUAAACGGAA